ACAUAGCAGCAGCCAUUGGCCAAGCCUAGUUUCCCAGGCAGUCUUAAAAUGAAGCCUGCCCCUGUCUAUUUCCUUCAGGAAUUUCAUCGAACAUCUAUCAGUCACGCUUUCUUCCGAGACAGAAACAAACUUUUCCAUACCAGAGAUCUACCUUCCACACCACGUGUCAUGACAUCAUAAACCCCAACUACGCGUGUCACCAAUCCAAAGUGUCACCUCCACCAUCUUCCCCCAUAACUUGGCUCCCCAAAUCUACCUCCUUCCUUCACACAACCAAGCACCGCAAUGCACCGCCUCAAACCCUCUCUCCAAUUCCGCAAAUCCAUUACCUAUACUUACGUAACACUUGCAAGGCACUUCUCCACUGACCAAACCCGCUUCGAUCAUGUUGGUCCCAUGGCCUCACUUCUCAAGUCCAGGUCCGUGGUUCGGUUCCGAGGACCGGACACAGUCAAGUUUCUUCAGGGUCUGUUGACCAACGAUGUGCAGAGGUUUUGUGAAUCCCCGGGUGAGAUGACCUCGACUUUGGUCACCCCCAAUGUGCCUUUCAUAUCGGAUUCGCCUAUGUAUGCUUUAAUGUUGACCCCUCAGGGGAGGUUUUUGUAUGAUUUGUUCCUGUACAGGCCGCCUCGGGCUAGUGAGAAGCUUGACAGGACUGGGUCUGGACCUGGGUCAGACCCUGGUGGACGGUUGGAGUUGUUAGCAGAUGUGGAUGCCACUGUCUUGGACGAGCUCCUGGAGAGGUUCAACAAAUAUCGGUUGAGGGCUGAUGUUGUGAUUGAGAAUGUGGCGGAAGAAUUCUCUUGCUGGCAGCGCUAUGGUGAGAACCUUACUGAAAAGUUCUCAUCUGCAGAAGAACCUGAGGCUGCUUCUGUUGGCUGGGGUGGUGCUGUUGAUCCUGCUGGCACAUCUUCCUCGCAUGGAAAUAGUCAUGGGUGGCAAUGGUUUAAGGACCCCAGGUUGGAUUCUCUUGGUUUCAGGGGAAUUUUUCCAUCUAAUACAACACCACCCUUGGUUGAAGCAGACAAAGAAACAGAUGAAAAAAAUUACCUUCUUUGGAGAUUAGAGAAGGGAGUUGCUGAAGGCUCAACUGAGAUUCUGAAAGGUGAGGCAGUCCCACUUGAGUACAAUCUUGCUGGUCUAAAUGCAAUAAGCUUUGACAAGGGAUGCUAUGUGGGCCAAGAGCUCAUUGCCCGUACUCACCACCGGGGGGUCAUUCGCAAGCGUCUGCUUCCUCUAAAGUUUCUUGAUGAUAGUGGAAAAGAAAUUGAGCAGAAAGUUGCACCUGGCUCGGAAGUGAUCAAUGCCGUCUCUGGGAAGAAGGCUGGAACUGUGACAACUGCACUUGAGUGUCGUGGGCUAGGUCUUUUACGGUUGGAGGAAGCCUUAAAAGGGCCGAGUAAAUUGACCAUACAAGGUCAGGAAGAUGUGAAGGUUGAGGCUAUUAGACCAGAAUGGUGGCCUACUGAAUGGUUUCAAGAGUAUCAACAAGAUACUCCGGCCGCUUAGAAUGCUCAUUUACAGGAUUCAGCAUUACUGCUUGUUGACUUCGUCAUCCUGCACAACUUGGCCAUUGUACUUGAAAAGGGAAAUAAGAGGAACUUCUAAAAUCAUAUCUUUUGUAAUAAUUCAGGUUUUUGCCUUAAAUCACUGUUGAUGAAAAUUUUGAGGUCAUUGGCCAAAUAUUGACCGGUGCCGUCCAACCAAGGUUUCCUUGCUGAGGACUGGAUUGGAGUGGAGUUUGAAUCUAUAUUAGUGUUCUGGGAAAUACCAUUGUUACCGACCAAAGAGCUUUAACGUGGACAGAAGGAGAAAGCUUUGGAGAAAUUUUUUAGUACAUUUUCAACCAUAACUGAUUGCAAGAUGUUUCCUGAAGAAUGUAUUAUCAUCAGAACCUGUAUUAUCAUAA